AUGGCGUUGUCGACAACAAAACGGUCACUGUGUAAAAAAUGUAGCAAGACGCUCAGCAUUUUCAUCUGUCCAGGGUGUCAAAGCGAUUUAUGCACAGAACACGCAAAUGAACAUCGGGAAGAGUUAGCCAGACAAUUGGAAAAAGUCGUUCUUGAUCAUGAUCAAUUGACACAGUUAAUUGUCGAUCAAAAAUCUGAACCUCAUCAUCAUCCUCUUAUGAAACAAAUCAAUGAGUGGGAAACGCAGUCUACCGCCAAGAUUCAUCAGGUAGCAGAGGAUGCUCGGACACUAUUGUUGGAUGGACUCAACACACAUACGAACAACAUAUCAGAAGCAUUGAAACGUAUCACACAAGAAUUGACUAAGGCCCGUACCGAUAGUAAUUUUAUCGAGACAGAACUGGUAGAAUGGACAAAGAAGCUAAAUGACUGUAAGAAGAACUUGCAAGAAUCUUCAACGAUCGGUGUUCAUCAGGAUGAUAAAACUACGUCAUUCAUCUCAAAGAUCUUCGUCAGUGUGACAGCAAAUGAUGUUUUUGAUCGACUGAUUGGCGAAAUUCAAAUCGAGGAGAUGGGCCAUGUUAUCGUCCAACGUGCAUCCCCAUAUUCUCACACGGCGGUACUAGGUAAAUUUGAAUAUACAACAGGUGAACAUCGAUUUCGCUUCAAGGUCGAACAGUACCAUGAAAACAAAUGGAUUUUUUUCGGAAUCCUUUCUAAGAAUGUAACUUUGCAAGCGUGUCCACACACCACUUCGUCGUCGUACGGUUGGGUGGCCAGAGGAAAUGAAGUAGUUCUCAAUGGAAGCUGUCAACCGGGCUACAAUGGCUACAAAAAUGAAAUGAAAGUCAAUGACACAGUCAGUUUAUGCGUUAAUUGCGCUGAGCAAAAUAUUUCUUUGGUCAACGAACGUACGCAAUGUAAAUACGAAAUACCUGUUGAUUUAAGCAAAUGUCCUUUUCCAUGGCAACUUUAUCUCGGACUUUUUUAUUUGGGCGACCGAGUCCGCAUUUUACCGUGA